UACACAUCCGGUGGAACAUCUGUCUCAUUGUUCUAUCUGUGGCUCAAUGGUUCCCAGUUCCCAGUUGUUCCGAACGCGACAUGUCUCAAGUGUGUGUUUAAGAUCCAACCGGCGAUGUCACGCAUCUAAAUUUACAUUUGUGUAAACGGUGUAACAACAGUGUGGGACCUAUUCCACCAGUGUUUUGCAGCAGAGGAGAAUCAUCAUGAAGACUCUGUUGGUGUUUGACUUCGACCACACCUUGGUGGAUGACAACAGUGACACCUGGGUCAUUCAGUGUAUCCCGGACCAAUGCCUGCCAGACCUGGUCAAGAACUCCUACCAGAAGGGACUCUGGACAGAGUACAUGGGCAGAGUCAUGUCCUAUAUAGGAGACCAGGACAUCAGCCCCGAUACAAUCCGAAGUGUGAUGGAGACAAUACCGUUUACAGACGGAAUGAUUGAACUGUUGACGUUCAUUGUGAGUAACAAGAACGACAUUGACUGCAUCAUUAUCUCAGAUUCAAACACAGUGUUCAUCGACUGGAUACUGCAGGUGGCUGGGGUUCAAGACGCGGUCGACCAAGUCUUCACCAAUCCGGCUGCGUUUGACAAGCGUGGCUACAUGGAGAUAGAAUGUUACCAUUCUCACCAGUGUAGCCAGUGCCCUGUCAAUCUGUGUAAGAGGAAAGUGCUGGCUGAUUUCCUGGCAGGGCAGUUGAAGGGAGGGGUAGAGUAUCAGAGAACUUUCUAUGUAGGGGACGGAGGGAACGACCUUUGCCCUUCCAACAGUCUAAGGGAAGGAGAUGUGGUGUUCCCUAGAAAGGGUUACACCUUGGAGAGGCUGCUCUCUAGACAGAGUGCACAACAAGGAGAGGGUUCGUCGAACCCGAGAGUCGUAGGAUGGACAAGUGGAAAAGAGAUCCUGAUGGAACUGAAAGCAUGUGUUCCCCUGUAGGGUACAGCUCUUUCUCAUACUAAAUGAAGUGUACUUGCAACGAUUAAAAAGUAUACCAAAUGCUUGAGAGGGAAGGAUUGUGAUUGUGUCUUUGUCCUGUUUUGAAAAGUUUUUGAAGAUCAUAUUUUAAAUCAGCGGGACUGUAUCACAUCACUCUCUCAGGUUCAGAUGCAAAUGAAUGUACAUCUUUGUGCUUCUUUUUGUCUUUAGCAAAUGUAGAGAGAUACAGAACCCAAUAAACAGAAAAGGAAAAAAACAAAUCACACCUGUAAAUUACACGUUAUAACUGUUUAUAAUUAAAUAUAUAUUCUAGGAUGUACAGUCAAUAAAAGACAUUGGCAUCACUUUUUACUAGGGCACUAUCUAUGUGCAAAAUGUAUUACCAGUCCAGUGUAUAACCAGUGCAAUUAUUUGUUGUCUCUACUAGGCUCUAUUGUGAGUGUUAUUAUAUAAAUGGCCGAUUACUGCUUUAGCAGUGCGGUUUUGUGGACCGUGACCCCGUCUCCCUGCCUCCCAAGAUAACCCUCUGUCUGUCCCUUUGUGUCAAUACGCUGAUAGUAGGACGAGGCGCGGUGAAUGUGAUUGGUCGAACGCUGUUAUUUGCGGCUGGUAAGAUUAUCAGAGGCGCUGCUGUCUGCGGCUGAGAUGCUCUGUCACAUCAGCUGAGCGCCUGCCGCGUCAGCCUAAAUAGAUAACGAAACUAAAUAGCGGAAUGUCAGGCGUUUAUUAGAUUGGUUGGUUUACAAGGGAAUUGCGCAUAAAUAAGGAUUUACAACAGAUGGCGUGUGAUACAGUUUGACUCGCUCCAAACACAGAGGAUGCUUUAACAACAGGAAAAUAAACCAUGUCGAGCAGGUAGAUGUGUGUCUAUUGUUCAGUGAGCUGUGUUAAUGAUCUUCACUCGGGACUAUUGUUCAGUGAGCUGUGUUAAUGAUCUUCACUCGGGACUAUUGUUCAGUGAGCUGUGUUAAUGAUCUUCACUCGGGACUAUUGUUCAGUGAGCUGUGUUAAUGAUCUUCACUCGGGACUAUUGUUCAGUGAGCUGUGUUAAUGAUCUUCACUCGGGACUAUUGUUCAGUGAGCUGUGUUAAUGAUCUUCACUCGGGACUAUUGUUCAGUGAGCUGUGUUAAUGAUCUUCACUCGGGACUAUUGUUCAGUGAGCUGUGUUAAUGAUCUUCACUCGGGACUAUUGUUCAGUGAGCUGUGUUAAUGAUCUUCACUCGGGACUAUUGUUCAGUGAGCUGUGUUAAUGAUCUUCACUCGGGACUAUUGUUCAGUGAGCUGUGUUAAUGAUCUUCACUCGGGACUAUUGUUCAGUGAGCUGUGUUAAUGAUCUUCACUCAGGACUAUUGUUCAGUGAGCUGUGUUAAUGAUCUUCACUCGGGACUAUUGUUCAGUGAGCUGUGUUAAUGAUCUUCACUCGGGACUAUUGUUCAGUGAGCUGUGUUAAUGAUCUUCACUCGGGACUAUUGUUCAGUGAGCUGUGUUAAUGAUCUUCACUCGGGACUAUUGUUCAGUGAGCUGUGGUAAUGAUCUUCACUCGGGACUAUUGUUCAGUGAGCUGUGGUAAUGAUCUUCACUCGGGACUAUUGUUCAGUGAGCUGUGUUAAUGAUCUUCACUCGGGACUAUUGUUCAGUGAGCUGUGUUAAUGAUCUUCACUCGGCACUAUUUAGAUUGCAUAGUAUUCUGUCAAGUGUAUGUAGGUCCUAUGUGAAUACAUUACAUUGUGUUUUAAAUAAGACGACUAAUAGAUUACAUGAUCAAAUACUCUCUGGAUCCGUUGCAAAUCCAUGUAUGUUUACUAUCUGUGCUCAGUUCAUCGUUUUUUGCAAGGUGUUGCUGCUUACAGUAUUGCUAAAUGUUCAUUAUGCAAUGUUUUCUGUUUUAGCAAUAAACCCAAUUUGAUUCUA